GAGUCACGUCUAGAUUAGAUCGAGUAAACUUCUUGUUCUCAAGGAAGUUUAUUUUCACAGCCGUUCACGCAUUUCCACCCACAUCUUUUGGAGGGGGUCAGCAGCACUGGUGAAUCCAAACACUCACAGACGAACGACUGAUACAGAUGUGCUUCACUGCAUGCAGGCGCAGGUGGACCAGAGGGCUUUAGAGAACAGAGAGAGAGAGAGAGAGAGAGAGAGAGAGAGAGAGAGAGGGAUCUGGACCAACACUUCUGCUUUCACCGGCUUCAUUUUUUGAGAUUUUCUCCCCUAAAACUGAGAAUUGAAUUUGAAGACGAAGAAGAAGUAUCUGGGAAAAUAAUAAUAAUAAUAGAAGCAAUCUUCAUUUCUUCAGGUGAAGACAGAUUCAAAAAGCAGGUCGUUGGACAUCUUUGAGAGAUGUUUGAGAAACAACCCUACGACAGUCCCCCGAUGUACACCCCACCUUCCAAUGGCUUUGGACCACCGGGGAGCUUCCAAGACCCACGGAGUGAAUUUGAUCCCUACCCUCCACCUCCAGGAUCCUACUAUGCGGGCGAGGAGGUGCCACAGCACUUCUACAAAUGGUUCUCCCCUCCGGGAAUUGUGAAGAUUAUGAUGGGAACCGUUGUAAUCCUCUGUCUGGGAAUCUUCGCCUGUGUGGCUUCGACUCUGGUCUGGGACAUGCAAUACGGAUUAGGUUAUGGAUCUGGAUAUUCGGGCUAUCCUGGAUACGGAAGUGGAUACGGAUACGGCAGCGGGUACGGAAGCGGGUACGGAAGCUACGGAAGUGGAUAUGGAUACGGAAGCUACUACAAUUCUUACCCGACCCCUUACUCGGCAAAGACUAGCAUGAUUGCCAUCGCCGCCAUAAACUUCAUCAUUGCUUUGGGAUUCUUUGCAGCCAGCUUCUCUAAAACAAACACGUUCCGCAGCAGGAAGUUCUACCUGGUGGUGCUUGUUAUUUGUUCUAUAAUGGCCGUGAUUCAGGGCAUUAUAAACAUUGUGUACAUUGUAGGAGUGAACCCUAUGGCCCAAAGUUCCACCAGCUCAUACUACAACCCCAUGAUUCUGAUGUGUCAGAACCUCUAUGGCAGCAGUGUGACAGGAAUGGGGGGCGGCUUUCCCGUCUAUAACCAGUACUUGUACCACUACUGCUAUGUGGAUCCUCAAGAGGCAGUUGCAAUGGUUUGUGGGUUCAUGGUUGUGCUGGCACUGGCUGUGGCGGCCUUCUUCUCCUAUAGGACCAGAAGUAAAAUCUGGCACUAUGGGAAACCAAACAUCUACUGGGAUCGACCGCUAAUGGGAGGAACCGAGGGCAGAGAUGUGGAGGAUUGGGUCAACCACGUACAGGAUGGACAGAGCGUGCAGGAGGCAUCCAUGGUAUUUUCAGAGAAAAUGGCUCCUAUUCUGGUUUCGGCCCCCAGUGUCGGCUCCAUCCCCCUGAAGACCGGCAGUGUCUUUAGUUCUGAGACCAACAAUGUUAUCGGUUACCCUGAGCGCUCUUUCAGCCGACCAUCUCAUUCUACAUCGCCGUCUGGAGAAGUGAGCUCCAGCCCCUCUGACCAGACGGACACCAUCCGCAAACCGUCCGCCUCCAGGGGCAAGAGACACAGGAGGAACCCUGAGCUGGACGAGUCCCAGUACGAAACCGAGUACACAACGGGAGGAGAGACUGCCAACGAUUUUGACGAGGAUCUAUGGACACGUCUAUAUCCAGAGAUCACGUCUGACACCCAGCGACACGAGUACAAGAAAGAGUUUGACUCGGACCUCAGGACCUAUAAGGAACUGUGUGCCGAAAUGGACGACAUCAACGAUCAGAUAAACAAGCUUAGCAGAGAGCUGGAUGCACUUGAAGAGGGCUCGUCCAAGUACCAGGCUGUAGCAGAGGAAUAUAAUCAUCUCAAAGACCUAAAACGGAUGCCAGAUUAUCAAAACAAGAAGCACCAAUGUCGCAAACUGCGCCACAAGCUUUUCCAUAUUAAACGAAUGGUUAAGAUCUACGACCGCCGUCAGUAAAAAUGAGCUCUAUUAAACCACCACUCCUGCUCUCACUUUUGCAACUGAUGAAGCCUUCAAAUGACUGUGUGACCGAAGUUGCCCGAAUCUGCUGUAACAAUGGCUUCACCCAGUGCUUAUGAUUAACCUGAGCCCUAAAGAUGGUUGGAAGCGUUGACCAGAGAUUUCAAAACUGGUCCUUCCAAAGUCUUUCCAUUACCUGGAACUUGUUCUUUCACUGGAAACAUCUGCUUUUUUAGAGUGAGUGAUUCGUGUAGCCUGUAAAAUGCCAUAAAGCAUUGCAAUAUUGUUGUUUUUUUGUUAGGUGCGGUUGUGAGUGCUAACUUCAAGGUCAGCUGAUUAAAGCGCUGCAUGUGUUUGUACUUUGGACAAUCCUCUCCAACUAAGUAGCCUAAUUUGCACCUGCAUUGUCACACUUAUGCUAUCAGUUUCCUUGUGUAUGACUGUAAAUGGGUUGUGUGUUUUAUUGUCUAUUUCUGUAAAGAUAUAACUGUGGGGCACUGCUUGUUUUCAAGUAAGAAAAAACAAAAGUUUUUGUUUCGAGGUGUGCCAGAAUAGUUCCCAGAAGCAAUUGAGGUAUUUAAACUAGCACACCAUUACAGAAUAUUCUUUUUUUUUUUUUUAACAACUGACUGCCUCAGUAAAAGAAGAAAUGGAAAUUUAAAUCACAAAGAGAAACUGGAAUUUCAUAUUCAGUUGUGAUUUUAAAGUUGAGUUUUGUAAAAAAACAAAAACAAAAUGGUGCCGAUGCAUUUAUGCAAAUAUGCAAAGAUUCUGUUCAUUUAGUUCUAGAUGUUUAUAUCUCUUUGCAUUUGAUUCAUUUCGAAAUAUUGUGAUCUUCCUGCUAUUUAAAACAGUAAUAGCUGCGUUUAUCUCUAACCAAUCAAAUUUCUAUGCAAGAUCAAAUAUUGAAGUUCUUUUUGUUUUGUAAUGUUGUUAUGGACAACAAGUAAGAUUUGUUCAGUUUUUUUUUUUACUCGUUUUUGUACGAAAUCAUUUAAUAGUAACAGGGCGUUCAUUUUUGUCUGUUAAUGAGAUAUUGCUUUUUGUUUCUCACAUGCAUAACAGCAUUUAUUUUCAUCUGUACAUAUUUGUUGUCCUUUCUAUUUUCAAUAAAGUUUUGUAUUUUAAGUUUUAAA